UAUACCUACGUUCCAUUUGUGAAACUUGAAAACAAUAACAAAAAAAAACUAGAAGCCAUAAGUGUUGAUGCUUUUUCAAAAAAACAGUUCAUAGGGUCCCCGCGAUUGCAAAGAAUAUUAUCAAGCUUUAGCAACGGCGACGGCUAAAAAGCAACAAAACAAACACAAAAGCAAUUCAAUUAAUUAAUUUAUAUUCUAUUUGUAGAGCUCUCCCUCGUUCUCCUCGUACAGAGUAUACCUUUGCUUAUUGUCCACUUUUCCAUUUGCAAGUCGAGCAAUGGUGCGUUCGGUUCGGAUUUGUGUCUUGUGUGUUCUCUGCUUCUAGUUUUGCUUUUGGUCUCUUCUUAUUGUUGUAGUCUUAGUUUCUUGCAAAUAAGUUCCAAAAGGCAUAAGCUUCUUAAACUAGCUGGGAUUAACCUCUAUCGUCUCCUCUUUGUCUCUGCCAAAUAUUCUUUUCCAACCCAAAAAAAACGCGUGUGUUUCUUUCUCUAUUAGAUAGUUUUUAUAUAAUCGAAAUCAUCAACAGAGUGCGUUAGUGGGAAUCUAAAAAUAUCCAUCUACCCUAUGUUCCACAAGUGAGAAAAAAAUUCUGUUGUAUUUAGGAAGCUCUAAAGGUUUACCCCAACUCGAAUCAACUCUUGAAAUGCUCACAAUUCGGUCGUGGUUGAGUGAUUUUCUCAGUUUCCUUCCUCUUUGUUCAAUUUCUUAUAGUGUCAUUUUGUUUGGCAGGCAACUACAACUGGCUGGCAAGUACAAAAAACAAUGUCCUGCCAACCACCUGUUUGCGGCCGAGUGAGCGCAAUAAAGUCACAAUUUGAAAAUCUUAGUGGUUCCACUGUGCCUCCAUCAUCGUCCAAUAGUAAUAAGAAAAAUCUCCUCUUCCAACGUACAGCCACCUCUCUGGACAUCCCAGAGAAGCCAAAAAACUUAAAAUGUAUAACUGUCGUGCCAACGUCUUGCUCAAAUUCUCGAAUACCCACUCAGCUAUCGCGAGCUACACAAUUCAAACAAGUCAAGUCCGCCUCGCUAGAUUCUGAGGUGCGACUGACGCGUCACACGAGUGAUCCGGUCAAGAGGAGUAGUAUUAAGCGUAGUCCAGCGUUUCGAGUUGGUGACAAACACAAUAAAGCUGUGUUUGUCAAACAGAAUUCGUUGGAACCUAAGGAACUGUUGCCUGAGAAGCCUGCCAGACUUGAGAGUUUCUUGGUUAGGAAAUGUGCCAGUGAUAUUGAUCGAUUGCAACAGCCUGGUCUGACUGAUUCGAUAAGAGCAGCUUUGCGGAGGCCAUUACCGAGUGGUCCUCCGCCUCGGAAACCACCACGAGUGGUUAGUUGUGGAAUACCCACGACCAGUACUCCCAAGGAGCGUGAAAUACACGAAAGACUCUCACUUCUUGAGAAUCAAUUAGCUUUAAGGAAGAAAUCGAAAGAAGAUGAGGAACAAGAACAGGAGCAGCUAUUACCACAUGGUAAAAAAUCGAAUAAUUUACUACAAAAAGCCAAAACCGAAUUAGUCCUUCAUACGAGGACAUCAUCGUCGAAUCUCUUAGACUGUUUAUCGUGCCACAAAAGUGUUGCCAAUAUUUACGAUUCGGUUGCGCCCGAUGAACGUAAACCCCUGACCCAAAAUAAUUCGAAUUCGAACUCUAAUUCCAAUUCGACGAACGUGAUUAAACGAUUCUCGAACUCUGUAUGGCCAUCAGCAUCGGUGCAGAAAGAUGAACCCAUUUACAUGGAACCAUUUGCACAUUUAAAGAAGAAAGUCGACAAACAGUCAACAACAACAACAACAUUGUUGGUGGAUAGUAAUAAUCGUUGCACGAAAAUCGAUGAAGUAGAGGAACGGUUGCACAAAACUACAACACUCAAUGGAAGAGAUAUGGAUGCCGUCUCAUCAUCGGCAACUGAAGACAGUAGUGUGAGUGAUGAAUCUCUUCAUAGCCAUAGCGGUGGAAGGCAAUGUGCAUGCCCGGAACAUCAUUGCAAUGGCGGAGAUAGCGAUGUGCAUUAUAUGUGCACAGCUAUCGACGACAGCAUUGAAGAUUCUGAAGGUUCCGCUACCGACGGCACCAAUACAUCCCUUGGAAAAUCCUACGAUGAGAUAACAAUCCUUGUCGAUGCGGCUUUCCAAAACAAAAUCAAGGCUAAACAAAAAAUGGGCAAUCGCAGUACUGAUUCAGAUGGUAAAUCUUCAGUCAGACUGUCACGAACAUUAACCGAAAAACGUAAAGAUUACGUGAGAAGGAUAUCAGAAAUUCCCGAUAGUUUAACAUCAAUCUCAAAAUACGGAACCUUGCAUCGAACUUUAAAAGCUCCAAUAUUAAGUUCUUUUAAAUUGGAAGGUGAGGACGACGAUGACGGUUCGAGUGAUACAAGCAGUGAUGAAGACGACGACGAACCUUCAAUGAUACCACCAUUACCAACGUCAGCGUCUGCGGCGACUAGUCAGCGAAUUCAACAUUUCAACAAACUCAUCGAGGAUAAUAAGACGACACAAACAUUACCACCACCAACAACAACGAUGAUGACCACUACGACGAAGACGAAUAAUAAUAACAUCAAAAUGCGUCCCAAACGAUCAACAGAUAGUCCUCAAAUUAUCAAACCACCUGGAGAAGAUCAUCUAGAUUCAACGGAAGCGGCUAAAAAAGCCGCUGAAGCUGCAGCUGCAGCUGCGGAUAAAGAAAAAGAAGCAGCCGAAUCGCAACAGAGUCCGAAAUUAUUUCAAGUCUGUAUGCUUGUUGGUUACAACAUGAGCACAAAUACUGCAUAUUUGAAAUCGAAAUACCCGCCAAACGAAGCCAUUCCCGAUAAUAUUGAACAAUUGGUUUUCCCCCAUAUUGAUCUCGUGCGAACGGGGAAGGAAAAUCAAGAAUAUUGUCUCAUUCUGACCGAUGAUCAAAAUUACAAAAUCUACGGCUAUUGUAGGCGUGUUUUGCCCGAAAAUUCAGAUACAUGUCUUCCAUUAUGUUAUUGUAUUAUAAGCGAAUGUAAAGCUCUGGGAUUUUAUCAGAAGCUGUUGAAGGAAGUUGAGUCCCGACAUGGACAGACAGAGACUGAAAUGAAUGUGCUAUUUAGCAAUUUACAAAGAGCUGAUAUUCCAGCCGCUGGCAAGUGCUUACACAUAAAAAUUCCACUUUUCUCACGACCUGUGAUGUUUUAUUCGUCCAAACAUAUGAGUUUGGGAGCCAAUUCGAAGAGUCUUAAAGAUUCAUUAUUGGCUUCGCAGGAAUCACUAUCGGAUACUAGUUCAUCGGCAACACUCAACGAUAGUCGGAGGAGCUUACUUGUUGGGAGUGAGAAGCCAUUUGAUCCGUUAGUUAGUCGAAGUCUAAUUAGGGAUCCACGCUAUGAUGAGAUAUUUAUCCGACGACCGACUGAUUUGCGUCUGGAAAAUACAGAAUUAAGUGAGCUGCUUAUUUGUCUUGGUCCCGAAAUGCUUAUUGAUGUUUUCUCCAACCUGCUACUUGAACGCAAAGUUAUCCUGCAAAGUUGUAAUAUAUCUCUGUUGUCCAAAGCAAUUUUGGCCCUACAGACAAUGCUAUAUCCAUUUCAGUGGCCAUAUACUAUUGUGACCAUUGUACCAUCGCAUUUGUUGGAAAUAUGUCAAGCGCCAUUUCCUGUGCUAGCUGGUAUUUUAGAUCCUCUUCCAUUUGAAAUCGAAGACGGUGCUGUUGUGAAUUUGGACACAAAGAAAAUAAUUCAAACUUGCGGUGACGAGGGUACCAUCAUACCACCAUCACUGAGAAAAUCCCUUAAAGUUUCUCUAGCCAUGGUCGAUCUAAUAGACAAAGGAAAAAUGCUUUCCUCAGUUCUAAUUAGUGAAGCAUUCCUGCGUUUUUUCAUUGAAUUAUUUGGUAACUAUCGACUUGCAUACUUUGAUAAGGAGCAAUUUAUACAAUCGCACAAAUCUCAAAAUACAAAACUCUUCCUUGAAUGGUUUGUGGAGACAUCAAUGUUUCGGGGCUAUGUUAAUAAUCGAUAUAAAACGGAACUAGGUGAUGUUGUGUGUGAUACUAGUACAGAGUUUUAUAAUACAUUUGAUGCCAGAUUAAUGGAGAAGAGCGAAAGUAAUUUGAAGACAAGGAAUAUGGAAUCUAUAUUGAAAGGCUCGAACAUUUUCAAGAAGAGUAAAAGUAAAAGUUUUAAGAAGAGAUUAAAAGAAUUUUUUGAAUAAAUUGAAAUCUCGAGAAAAGAUUCACGAAAACAAAAAGAAAAUGAUAGGUUCUGAUUCAAAUAAUAAUUUGUGAGCGGUGCAUAUAGUCUGAGGGAUGAUCAGUGGAGAGUUGGUGAUGUAGGUUUUAUGAAAAACUUUUGUCGGCGGAGUGAGAGUGUUUGAUUUAAUAAAUUUUUUUUUUCAAUUAAUUUAUAAAGCUUUUAAAAAGCUAUUAAAAAAAAAACUUUUACAUAAAAGCUUUUUGUCUCAAUUUAUUCACUCUCCAAAAUAUAUAAAGUCGCCAUUAAAAAUGGCAAGUCUUUCAAAUCUCAUAAAAAUUGUAAAGUUUCCUAUUUUAAAAGAGGUUUUAAAUUUAAUGGAGAGUGAAUUAAUUGGGUCAUUAAUCAAGCUUGUAAAAAUUUUAUUUUGAAAGAAACAUAAUUUGAAAUCUUGCAAAUAUACCGAAUUUUCUGGUCGCAUGAGACCAAUUUAUGGAUCUAUCGAAACUGGGAAGCCUUCUUAGUUUUUUGUUCUUCAUUGUUUGUCGAAAUUUCUGAUUUUCUUUCGGCAAAAAGCAAUACCGUCAAGAUUUUCUAGGCCGCAGUAACCAAACGCAUCGCAAUUUUUUAUUUGAUUUACAAAUCAAAAAGAAAUCUCUCUAAAAUAAAGAGACUCUUCAAAACAAAGAGAUAAAUCUCCAAUAAAAAUAGAAAACUCUCCAAAAUAAAAAUUAAUUUCUGGAUUUAUAAGUCCUGAUUCAUUAGUCAUCCAAAAUUAUAUAUAAAAAAAAUUGAAUUAAAAACAAAUAUGGAACUGAGUGACUGAUUGCGACAUACAUAAAAAAAUAUUAUAGAAAAAAUCAUAUCACAUUUUGUUGUUGUUCUUGUUGUUAUUCCUCCUUAAUUACUUUGUUGCAAUAAUCAUCACCAAUUUUUUUUUAAUUAUUGUUGUUACUUUACAGCAAUAUUUUGUAUAUUUGCCUUAAAUUACAUUAAAAUAAAUUUAAAAAUAUCGAAAAAAUCAAACAAACAAAAUAAAACACACAAAUAUAUUAUUAUUUU